GAGAAGAAGAUACAUUCUACCAAAGAGAAGAUGCCACUUAAAAUAACGACAAUAGGUGAUGGAAUGGUUGGAAAAACUUGUUUAUUGAUAACAUACACGAAAAAAAGGUUUCCAACCGAAUAUGUGCCUACAGUAUUUGAUAACUAUCCUGACACAAUAAAUGUAGAUGGAAAGGAUCAUGACGUCAUUCUUUGGGAUACAGCGGGGCAGGAAGAUUAUGAAAGGCUUAGGCCUUUAUCCUACCCUAAUACCGACUGUUUCCUAAUGUGUUACUCAGUGGCCAGUAGAAGUUCUUUUGACAAUAUCCUGAGUAAAUGGUAUCCUGAGGUCAAACACCACUGCCCUGAUGUUCCUGUAGUUUUAGUAGCAACCAAGACUGACCUCCGUGCCACAGAUCACGAUUCAGUGUCAACCGCUGAAGGCAAGAAGAUGAGACGGAAAAUAAAAGCGGUCAAACUGCUGGAAUGCUCCGCCAUGAACAAGGAGGGCCUAGAAAAUGUUUUCGUCGAAGCUGUGAGGGUGGCUACCCGAGUGAGACCGAAAAAGUGUCGAGAGUGUAAAGUGCUUUAAAGUAAACUGAUUUGUUGACAUUUUACAAAAAAUAUAGAGUACUAUUUGAAUUAUUCAUAUUAGAAAUGUUGGGAGUGUAAAGUAGGUGCUGUACUUUGAGAAAUGUGAUUUGACAUUAUUUAACGAAUACAAAAUAUUUUAAAUAUUCAUACUAAAAAGGGUUGGGAGUGUACUACAGUCGCUAAAGUACUUUGAGAAUAAUGUUAUUUGACAUUUAACAAAUAAUAUAAUAUACUGAAAAUAUGCAUAUUAAAAAUGUUGGGAGUGUAGUAAAGUACCGUACUUUGAGAAAUGUGGUUUGACAUUUAACGAAAUAUCUGAAUAUAAAUGAAAAAGACAAAAUAUUUUAAAUAUUCAUACUAAAUGGGUUGGAAGUGUACUACGCAGUCUAAAGUAAGUAGGCUACUUCGAAAAAUGUGAUUUGACAUUUAACAAAUAAUAUAAUAAUAUACUGAAAAUAUUCAUAUUAAAAUUGUUGGGAGUGUAGUAAAGUACUUUGAGAAAUGUGAUUUGACAUUUAACGAAUACCGUACAAAAUAUUUGAAUAUAGAUAAAAAAGACAAAAUAUUUUAAAUAUUCAUACUAAAAAGGGUUGGAAGUGUACUAAAGUCUAAAGUAAUUCGAGAAAUGUGAUUCAACAUUUAACAAAUAAUAAUAUAAUAUACUGAAAAUAUUCAAAUUGAAAAUGUUGGGAGUGUAAAGUAGGUACCUACUUUGAGAAAUGUGGUUUGACAUUUAAC